GGUCCAUGGAAUGGAAGAGAUAAUUAAAUUAAUUAGGCUUUGAGCUUCUACUUUCGUUUAGAAUUUAGGCAUUAUUUUCCCCCUUGCUUCCGAAAAAAGAGUAAAGAAAUACUAAUGGCAACUCUUCGAGUCGACGAAAUUCAUAAAAUUCUCCGCGAACGUAUUGAACAAUAUAAUAGGAAAGUAGGGAUUGAGAAUAUUGGUCGCGUAGUUCAAGUGGGGGAUGGGAUUGCUCGUAUUAUAGGUCUUGGUGAAAUAAUGUCAGGUGAAUUAGUCGAAUUUGCAGAAGGCACUAGGGGUAUUGCUCUUAAUUUGGAAUCCAAAAAUGUUGGGAUUGUAUUAAUGGGCGAUGGGUUGAUGAUACAAGAGGGAAGUUUUGUAAAAGCAACAGGAAGAAUUGCUCAGAUACCCGUGAGCGAGGCUUACUUGGGUCGUGUUAUAAAUGCUUUGGCUAAACCUAUUGAUGGGAAAGGGGAAAUUAUAGCUUCGGAAUCUCGCUUAAUUGAAUCUCCUGCUCCAAGUAUAAUUUCCAGGCGUUCCGUAUAUGAACCUCUUCAAACAGGGCUUAUUGCUAUCGAUUCGAUGAUCCCUAUAGGGCGCGGUCAGCGCGAGUUAAUUAUUGGGGACAGACAGACUGGCAAAACAGCAGUAGCCACAGAUACAAUUCUCAAUCAAAAAGGACAAAAUGUAAUAUGUGUUUAUGUAGCUAUCGGUCAAAGAGCAUCCUCUGUGGCUCAAGUAGUAACUAAUUUCCACGAGGAGGGGGCCAUGGAAUACACUAUUGUAGUAGCUGAAAUGGCGGAUUCACCUGCUACAUUACAAUACCUCGCUCCUUAUACGGGAGCAGCCCUGGCUGAAUAUUUUAUGUACCGCGAACGGCAUACUUUAAUAAUUUAUGAUGAUCUCUCCAAACAGGCACAAGCUUAUCGCCAAAUGUCCCUUCUAUUAAGAAGACCCCCCGGCCGUGAAGCUUAUCCCGGGGAUGUUUUUUAUUUGCAUUCACGCCUUUUAGAAAGAGCCGCGAAAUUAAAUUCUCUUUUAGGCGAAGGAAGUAUGACCGCUUUACCAAUAGUUGAGACUCAAUCUGGAGACGUUUCUGCCUAUAUUCCUACUAAUGUAAUCUCCAUUACAGAUGGACAAAUAUUCUUAUCUUCAGAUCUAUUCAAUGCCGGAAUUCGACCUGCUAUUAAUGUGGGUAUUUCUGUUUCCAGAGUAGGAUCCGCGGCUCAAAUUAAAGCCAUGAAACAAGUAGCUGGCAAAUCAAAAUUGGAAUUAGCUCAAUUCGCAGAGUUACAAGCCUUUGCACAAUUCGCCUCUGCUCUGGAUAAAACAAGUCAGAAUCAAUUGGCAAGGGGUCGACGAUUAAGGGAAUUGCUUAAACAAUCUCAGGCAAACCCUCUCCCAGUGGAAGAACAGAUAGCUACUAUUUAUACCGGAACGAGAGGAUAUCUGGAUUCAUUAGAGAUUGAACAGGUAAAUAAAUUUCUGGAUGACUUACGUAAACACCUAAAAGAUACUAAACCUCAAUUCCAAGAAAUUCUAUCUUCUAGCAAGACAUUCACCGAGCAAGCGGAAAUCCUUUUGAAGGAAGCUAUUCAGGAACAGCUGGAACGGUUUUCCCUUCAGCAACAAACAUAAAUUUUGCAUGUCUACUCUUGUUAGUAGAAUUUGAAUCGUGCAAAAAAGUUUUCUUAGUUUUUAGUAUAGUUAUUUAAAGAAUAGAUAGAAAUAAGAUUGCGUCCAAUAGGAUUUGAACCUAUACCAAAGGUUUAGAAGACCUCUGUCCUAUCCAUUAGACAAUGGACGCUUUGUCUUUAU